AUGGAGCGUUCCGCUGAGGCUGGUAAUCCAGGCCGGGUCUUGCAGCCUCCCGGUUCCCGGUCCCGAUCCGGACGGGGACCCCUGAUCCAGGCCGGGUUUUCGGUGCCGCCCCCACGCCCGGAGCCGUUUCCCGCCGGAGCCGCGGGGAGACCGGGGAUGGAGCAGCAGGGGCUGGGCCCGGGCCCGGGCCUGAGCCUCGAUUACCAGCAGCUGCGGCAGAGCGAGCGGGCCGGCGGCGAGGAGCUGGGAGCUGGCGGGGCCCCGGGGUUGCAGGCCCAGGCCGGGGCUGUGGGUGAGGGAGGCCCCGCCGCUUCCCUCUCCCUGUUCCCGGCUGCCGCUGGCGGAGAGCCCGGGGCCCGGGCCGAGCCUGAGAUCUUCGUCGUCUUUAACCUGGCGGGGGAGACGGAGCUGGAGCUGGGCCGGGAGCCAGGAGAGGCCGAGGCUCAGGCGGGAGGCCUGGCGCUAGGCCCCGGACUGGAACCCGAGCCUGGGCCUCGAGUAACCGCGGCCUCCCAGGAGAGCCACCUUCGGCUGGAGGCCGAGCCGCCGCCUCCUCCCCCUCCUCCUCCUGCCGUCCCCGCGGAGGGCCCCGGGCUCCUCCUGGAGCCGCCUGUAGGCCCGGGCCUUCCCGGGGACGGAGCCGGCGCCUCAGCCUCGGCCUCUCCUGGAAGCCUGUCCGGCACCAUCACCAUCAACAACCGCAACCUCCUGGUCCGCAUCGAGAACGGCCUCCUGAUCCUGGCGGCUCCGGGGGAGGUGGCGGGGCCUGCGGCCACCGGGGAGGCGCCUUCCCCCGGCCCCGCUCCCGCCCAGGCCCAGGCCCAGGCUGCGGCCUACCCCGGCGGGGAGAGCGGCCUAGCGCCCGAGGCCGGGCCCCGGCACCUCCUGCCCGAACAGCCGCUCCCUGCGCCCCCGGGCCUUGGGGACUCGAGCAGCCUGGGCCUGGAGUGUGGGCCCGGCCCGGCCUCAGGCGCCUCUUACGGGGACCUGAUCCUAACGGAGAGCGGGGAUGUGCUGAUGAAGCUGUCGGAAGGCCUGGGCCUAGGCCGCGGCAAAGCCUCGGGCCCGGUUUACCAGUGCCCGGAGCACGACUGCAGGGAGGCGUUCGACAAGAAGCACCGGCUGAAGGUGCACCUGCUGUCCCACAGCCCGCGGCCUUUCCGCUGCACGGUGCCGGGCUGUGAGUGGGCCUUCACCACCUCCUACAAACUCAAGCGGCACCUCCACUCCCACGGCAAGCUGCGGCCUUUCGGCUGCCAGGCGGAGCGCUGCGGGAAGCGCUUCACCACCGUCUACAACCUCAAGGCCCACAUGAAGGCCCACGUCCAGGAGCUCGCCUUCGUCUGCGAGGUCUGCUCACAGCCUUUCGCCACCGCCCUGAAGCUCAGCGGGCACCGGCGCAGCCACUUCGAGCCCCAGCGGCCCUUCAAGUGCGACGUCCCGGGUUGCGAGAAGACAUUCAUUACCAUCAGUGCCCUUGGUUCUCACAACCGUUCCCACUUCAGAGAUCAGGAGCAUUUCACCUGUUCUUUCCCAGGCUGUGACAAACGUUAUGACAAAGCCUGUCGCUUGAAGAUACACCUGAGAAGUCACACAGGUGAAAGGCCCUUCAUAUGUGACUUCGAUGGCUGUGGCUGGUCAUUCACCUGCAUGUCAAAAUUACUACGGCACAAAAGAACCCAUGAAGAUGAUCGGAGGUUUGUCUGUCCUGUGGAUGGCUGUGGAAAAUCGUUCACAAGGGCGGAGCAUCUGAAGGGACACAGCAUCACUCACCUUGGGACCAGGCCAUUUGUUUGUCCCGUGGAAGGUUGCGAAGCUCGAUUCUCAGCACGUAGCAGCCUGUACAUCCAUUCCAAAAAGCACCUAGAAGAUGCAGAAAAGGUGAAAACACGCUGCCCCCUAUCCAACUGCAGCAAAUUCUUCAACUCUAAGCACAGCAUCAAGACUCACAUGAUGAAGCAGCACAACAUCAGCUCUGAUUUAUUCUCCCAAUUGGAAAUGACGGGCUCCUUGACCCCAAGCAGUGAGCUGACAAGUCCGAGUCAAGGUGACCUUAGCAACGUGGACAUUGCCUCACUCUUCACCACUGUCCCAGUCAAUCCGGUCAGCAUCUCGCCAGACAUAUCACUUGUGAGCUCUGGAAUCCUGACGAUCGAUGCCGCUUCGGUGGGAUCCAGUCUCGGAGGAGCAGUUUCUGUUAACAGCAAUGCUAUGGCACAAUCCUCAGAUCCUCUUAUUGUAGCCACUGCAGACAUGUCGCACACCAUAGACAGCACUCUGGGCCUCACUACUGGCGUUUUACAGGCAAAUAGCUUGAAUUUGGAAGGUGUACAGCCAGCCAGUACAGAGGGGCUGGGGUCCCUGAGCACCUUGUCAAUGAGAUCUACGGGAAGCUGUCAGGAUCUGCAAGGCCUGUCAUCCAGUGGAGCCCUGACACCUUCCAGCAGCCUUGGGGCCAGCCAUGUCCCAGAAUUGUUGACUCCAACUAAAGUCGAACGGCACAUGCUGAGUGUAUCUGAUAUGAUGAGCCAGCAGGAGACGAACAAAGUGGUCACUCAGUUUGUGUUCUCCAAUUUAAACCCUGCAGCUGGCAACUUCAGCACACAGAAAGAAUUAGAGUUAAACAUGGUGUCUUGCUGUCCCUUCCUUGAAAGUGGGGGAUCGGCUCGGACAGAUUACAGGGCUAUCCAGCUUGCUAAGAAGAAGAAGCAGAAAGGAGCCGGAGGUAACAUGGAGAAUGCAAACGGUGCUGGGCAAAGUAAGAAAACUAACAGGGGACAGGCUACUCCAUCUGCUGCUGUGAGCCAGAACAGUCGCUUUGGGAAUGUUAUAUUGCCUGCUGGUGGUUUGACAAUCCGUGACCCAACAACGGGAGCUGCCUACGUCCAGACCCAGCUAUUGCAGGAUGAUCCAUCGAGCGAUGGGGAUCUGGCUUUCCAGCUUUCAGCACAGUCUCCAACAUCCCAUUCACAGCUCACCGUUGAUCUUCCUGUUAAUAUUCUCCAGGAGCCUCAUCCAUCAGCUGAAGAUGACAGCGCUAACAGUUCCCAGUUUACUGGCAGCACUAUAAACCUUCAGGACUUGGAGUGACAAGACUUAGACAAACUAACACACUGGUUCUGUUCUAGCUGAUCAAAUUUGCACUUUCUCCAGAGUCAGACAAAGCCCAGGAGCUGGGUGGUUCACCUUGUGGAUCUGGACUUUGUGGGGUGGCUUGAUGUUGGAAAUUGCUCAAUUGGACAUAGGGUUUGACUGCACUAAUGGAAAUGCAAUUUCCUCAACAUCACAGGCCGAGGCUCCACACCUAGAAUCUGGGAGCUGACCUACGAACUUUACAUUUUAGAAUUCUUGGAAUGGGAAUUAUCUGCUGGAGGAACAGGAGAAAGACUUGGCACAUUGAAUGACUCUGGUUAAUGCUUCCUGUUUUACAAAGACACCUUCUGGGAAAGACUGCAAUUCUAAUUUUAAGAGGGCUGUAUAGUUUGAACACACUUCACUCAGAUGG